ACUUGCCGUGAUCAGUUAACAAUCGGCUGACAAUGAAGUUGCACGUUUCAAUUUAUGGCUGCCUCGUCUUGCUGUGUGCCAGGCUCACCUGUUCAUCAGAGAUGUACACCAGCUCAGUGCUGGGUCUGGUGAAACUCCUGGACAUUGAGAACAAGUUCGUGCUCCAUAUGAAAGAAUACGCUGAGGCGCAGGAGCAAAAGCUGGAAACGCUAAAAAUCUAUUUAAAAACACUGGAGCGCGUGGCACUUAAAAGCAAAAAAGAACAAAACGAAUUCGUCUCCAAUCCACUGCAAGUUUUCUCACUUAUUCGACGCUUACGUGAGGACUGGCCUAAGUUGCAGGUGCUCACGAAGGCGGAGGUAGGCGCAGAGCAACUGCAGGCCAUGACAGAGCUCUUGGACCUGGCGCCUACUAAGGAGGAUAUGGACGAAACUCUGGAGGGCAUGGAUCGCAUAGAGGUUACCUACGAUUUCAAUCCGUUUGACAUAGCAAAAGGUCUGCUGAAUGGCCAGCAAUUCAACCACACGCUUUCCAUACGCGACUGCCUGGCUAUGGCCAGGCACAAAUAUGGUAAUAAGAACUAUGGAGGAGCUUUUGUCUGGUACAGCAUUGCACUCAAACGGGAGAGGGAGCCAAAUUCCUUUACCUACGACAAGGUACUGGGCGGAGCAUUGGAUGGUGUGCGUGAACAAUUUGCCAGGAUGCGUAUACUGAAAGAUAUGACAGAGAAUGAGCCCUUACUAAGUGAAAAACAAGUGCGGGAACGAGUCGAUAAAAUUCUUAAAUCGGCGAACUCGACUGCUUUGGACUACUUUGUGAACGAGCUGCUAGAGCAGGACGACAGCUAUUUAAUGGCUGAAGGGAAAUUGGAAAAGUCGAAGGUGACAUCGCAUCAUGUGGGUUGCCGCGAUCAAUUUCCCAAGCGCACGCAUCUCACCUGUCGCUACAAUUCGACUACCACACCUUUUCUGAAACUGGCGCCACUUAAAUUGGAGGAGAUCAAUCUUGAUCCGUACAUAGUCAUGUACCACAAUGUGAUUUCCGACAGCGAGAUCGAGGAAAUGAAGCGGCAAACGGUGAAUAUGUCUAACGGGCUUUCAGCUUUCGCAUCCUGGAAUCAAAGUCAACCAGCACGAGUUGUGGCACGCGUGAAAUGGCUGAUGAACCCAACUCCAUUCGUGGAGCGCUUGAAUAAUCGCAUUACGGACAUGACAGGUUUCCAGCUGCAGGAAUUUCCAUCGCUGCUGGUAGCCAACUAUGGCAUAGGUGCCUUCUUUCAGCCCCACUACGACUACGUGACAACGGAUCGUGUGCGCGUUGAGGAUAACUACGGACUGGGCGAUCGUUCGGCUAGUGUGGUAUUCUAUGCAAGCAAUCUAGAGGGCGGCUCAACCGUCUUUACCGAGUUGCAACUUACAGUUCGACCCCAGAAGGGCAACAGCUUGGUUUGGUAUAAUCUAUUCGAUGACGACACACCGGAUCCGCGUUCCCGGCAUUCUGUAUGCCCAACCAUAACGGGUUCUAGAUGGAUACUUAUCAAAUGGAUCCACAGUUUGCCUCAGACCUUUGCCAAGCCCUGCCAGGCCAGGCCAGCUCAGCCAACAAAAUAAGCAA